AUGUCGUGGAAGGCACUUCCCGUUGAAGUGACACUAGAGAUUAUCGAACACCUCUGUCCAGAGAUUUCUAUAGGACAAAUCGGAGAAGCGGCUGCCUGGACCAAACUAUGGCAGACUGAAGAGAGCAACAUGGUGGAGACAGAGCAAAAUAAUGUCAAUUCUAGCGACGGAAACGAUUCUAAAACUGCAUCUGGAUCAGGUCAAGCGUCGUCAACAAAUCCAUGGUCGGCGCUUCAGUCACUUGCCUUGACGAACAAUUACUUUUAUGGAAUUUGUAUUCCAUUCGCCUAUCGCGACUUUAUCUUUACGUCCAAUGACUGGAUGCUCAGUGAUGAGCUCGUCUCCAAAUGGACAAACACGCAAGCAGCAAUCGCCGAUCAGUGCAUAGGAAUUCUCAGCACCGGCAAAGUGCGUGAGUUUGGUAUUUACUCGGCCAUGAUCCUCCAAUAUGAGGUUGGAAACCCGAGUUGGGAUCGACGCAUGGCUUGGGGUGCGAAUUAUAUUAUCGGACAAUACGCGAAUAAUGCUGCUGCCACGAGUAACCUGCGUGUGCUUGACCUCGUAAUGGAGACGAUCCCGAUGGAUAUGUACAAGCUCAUCCGCACCCAAUUUCCCAACCUGCGCACGAUGAACAUUCGUCGGGCGUUUCGGUGUAGGGCACUAGGGAGGAUUUGGGAUACGAAUCAAGUGUCUCCGUGGAGACACUAUGAUCACUUGACGCGCCUGCGUCUCAUCGACUGCAGCAACGCUUAUGCGUUCCAUAUCCCGCACCUCGUCCGUCACUUCAAGUCGCUUAGAGAGUUAAUGGUGUCGACAUGUGGCUCAGACGACGAUGAUAAGGUCGGUGUACCGCGCAGUGGUGGAUGGUCGACCGAGGCGGAUGCACUCUGCAAUACUCAUGCGUCGUUGGACGUCUUUCAUGUCGAGCACAUGUCAGACUGGGAGAUUUAUGCGCUGGGUGUGAUUCCGACAAAGGAGCUGGUCACAAGUAACCUUGUGCAAGGACACUUGGAGGCGGCAUUUACUUAUGAUCCAGAGAUUUUCCCUGGGCUUGGGUUACUCAGGGUAGAAGCUUAUGUCAGCCUCGAGGAGGCGACGUACAUGGACGCGACAAUGGCAGAUCCCCCUAGAGCGAUCAAGACGCUCAAUGCCAUUUGCGCCGGACGAGGGAUUAAGAUUGAGAGAGACGCAAAAUGGGUCAGAAAGAAGUGGACUCCCUCAUGA